AAAAAGAAAAUAGUAAUCUAAUACAAAGCUCAAACAUCAUUUCAUCCAAAAUUUUUGAAGCAGUUCAAGUAAUGAAACUGGAAGAGUAGUGUCGACCCUUAUCCACUCUUCUGUCUUCUGUUCUUGUGGGCAAACAAUCCAAAGCUUUAAUUCAAAGAUCUUCUUUCGCGAAUCCAAUUUCCAAAAUCUCAACUUUACAUAAUGCUUUCAAAUGCAAUGUUCAUUGCUUCUUCUGUGUAUUCAUCACCACCUUCCACCCUCUUUGGUUCCCACAAGAUUUGUUCUUCCUUCAAAACCAUCUCAAAACAAAGCCACGCAUUUCUCCACAGAAACCCCUUUUUCCUGCACCACUUGAAUUUGGGUUCUAAAAGGGCACUGUCUUCAGUUUGCUUCUCCAACGCUGGAGACAAGGAAUCGGGAUUGGAAUGGCCUAUUCUGAGGCGAUGGGAGGUGCCUUGGGAAUGGCAAACAGUUUCAUUGACCUCCCUUGCUUGUGGAUUGGGUUUUGUGUUGACAGGUUUGACUGAAGCAAUUGCUCUUCCAUAUCUUGGGAUCAAACCUGACGUGCUAAGUUUAGAUGAUAAGGCGGAGAUACUUUUGUUAGAUCAGGGCAUAACAACUGCUGUUAUACUUGGAAUCAUAUAUAGUGUUGCCAACACUUUCCAGCCACUUCCUGAAGACUUGUUCAAAUACGAUUUGAGGGAACCUUUCAAUCUUCAAAAGGGUUGGCUUUUGUGGGCUGGGGUUGGACUUGUUAGUGCCAUAAUCGCCAUUGCAUUGACUGGAGUUGCUGUGUCUUUCUUCAGUGAAGAAACCCCACAAAGAGAGACUGAUGCUCUUGUUCGCUUGCUUCCAUUAAUUGGAUCUUCAAAUCUAAGUACUGUCUGCUUGGUGGGCAUCACAGGUGUUCUUGCUCCACUCCUUGAGGAGACUGUAUUUAGAGGAUUUCUUAUGACUUCUCUGACUAAGUGGGUUCCUACACCAGUUGCUGUUGUCAUUAGCGCCAGUGUAUUUGCCCUUGCACAUCUCACUCCUGGAGAAUUUCCACAGUUGUUUGUUCUAGGGACUGCUUUGGGGUUUUCAUAUGCUCAAACUCACAACCUUCUCACUCCAAUCACUAUCCAUGCCUUCUGGAAUUCAGGAGUGAUAUUAUUUCUUACUUUUCUGCAGCUUCAAGGGUACGAUAUCAGAGAAUUGUUGCAGGCAACUUGAUGGAAUCAUUCUCUUCCUUUCGGGGAUGUAGAGCAUCAUGUACAGUAUAAAAUAUGUAUCCAUUUCUUUGCUUAUCUUCUCCCUUUCCCUGUUGUAAAACAUAAUCAGAUUUUUGCUUCAAACAGUGAAGAAAAAUUUAUUUAA